GCAAAAAAAUAUCGAAAUACUAUACGCAAUUGAAUAAAAUUUUUGAUUGGACGCAACAGUCGUUGCGUUACCAAACAAAAUGGCUGAAGCGGAAGGAGGCUCCGAGCAGGAUGAUGUUUCAUUCCUGAGAACGGAAGAUAUGGUCACGCUCUCCUGCACAGCCACGGGAGAGCGUGUCUGCUUGGCCGCCGAGGGAUUUGGUAACCGGCAUUGUUUUCUCGAAAAUAUUGCCGAUAAGAAUGUGCCGCCCGACUUGUCCCAAUGCGUUUUUGUCAUUGAGCAAGCUCUGUCCGUGCGUGCCCUGCAGGAGCUGGUGACAGCAGCUGGAUCCGAAACUGAUAGUCAAGUUGGCAAAGGCACUGGAUCUGGCCAUAGAACAUUACUCUACGGCAAUGCCAUUCUCUUGCGGCAUCACAACAGCGACAUGUACUUGGCUUGUCUGUCCACAUCCUCUUCGAAUGAUAAGCUGUCGUUCGAUGUGGGUCUGCAGGAGCAUAGCCAGGGCGAGGCCUGCUGGUGGACCGUGCAUCCGGCGAGCAAACAGCGCUCAGAAGGUGAAAAAGUGCGUGUUGGUGACGACUUGAUUCUGGUGUCUGUGGCCACGGAACGUUAUCUGCAUACAACCAAGGAGAAUGAGCAAUCUAUUGUGAAUGCCAGCUUUCAUGUAACGCACUGGUCCGUGCAACCCUACGGCACGGGCAUAUCUCGCAUGAAGUACGUCGGCUAUGUGUUCGGCGGAGAUGUCUUGCGUUUCUUUCACGGCGGCGACGAAUGCCUGACCAUACCCAGCACCUGGGGCCGUGAAGCAGGUCAAAAUAUUGUUAUAUACGAGGGCGGCGUGGUCAUGGCGCAGGCUCGUUCGCUGUGGCGUCUGGAGUUGGCACGCACCAAGUGGACGGGUGGCUUUAUCAACUGGUACCAUCCCAUGCGUAUACGUCACAUAACCACGGGACGCUAUUUGGGCGUCAACGAAAGCAACGAGCUGAUUCUGGUUAAGAAGGAGGAGGCAUCGAUUGCAACGACGACUUUCUGCCUGCGGCAAGAAAAAGACGACGAAAAGAAAGUGCUCGAGGACAAAGACUUGGAAGUAAUCGGUUCGCCGAUCAUCAAAUACGGUGACACCACCGUCAUUGUGCAACAUUGCGAGUCCAGUUUGUGGCUCAGUUACAAGAGCUACGAGACGAAGAAGAAGGGCGUGGGUAAAGUGGAGGAGAAGCAGGCCAUCUUGCAUGAGGAAGGCAAAAUGGAUGAUUGCCUUGACUUUUCACGCUCCCAGGAGGAGGAAUCCAAAACAGCGCGUGUCAUACGCAAGUGCAGCAGCCUCUUCACACAGUUUAUAACUGCUUUGGAAACGCUGCAGUCCAAUCGACGACAUUCAAUAUUUUUCCAAAAAGUAAAUCUCAACGAGAUGGUUAUGUGCCUGGAGGAUCUGAUUAACUACUUCUCACAGCCAGAAGAUGAUAUGGAACACGAGGAGAAACAAAAUCGUUUUCGUGCCUUGCGCAAUCGACAGGAUCUGUUUCAAGAGGAGGGCGUGCUGAAUCUUAUACUCGAGGCCAUUGACAAAAUCAACAUUAUCACCUCACAGGGUUUCCUGGCCAGCUUUUUGGCCGGCGAUGAAACAGGCCAAAGCUGGGAUCUUAUCUCCACAUAUCUGUAUCAACUACUAGCGGCCAUCAUCAAGGGAAAUCACACCAAUUGCGCGCAGUUUGCCAAUAGCAAUCGUUUGAACUGGCUGUUCUCUCGCCUGGGCUCGCAGGCUUCCAGCGAAGGCUCCGGCAUGUUGGAUGUGCUGCACUGUGUGCUGAUUGACUCGCCCGAGGCGUUGAACAUGAUGCGUGAUGAGCAUAUUAAAGUUAUUAUAUCGCUGCUGGAGAAGCAUGGACGUGAUCCCAAGGUGUUGGAUGUGCUGUGCUCACUGUGCGUGGGUAACGGCGUCGCUGUGCGCUCCUCGCAGAACAACAUUUGUGACUUUUUGCUGCCUGGCAAGAAUCUGCUGCUGCAAACACUGUUGGUGGAUCACGUCGCUAGCAUACGGCCCAAUAUAUUUGUGGGACGUGUCGAGGGUUCGUCUAUGUACCAGAAGUGGUACUUUGAGGUGACCAUGGAUCACAUUGAGCAGACUACGCAUAUUAUGCCGCAUUUGCGCAUAGGCUGGGCUAAUACUUCAGGCUAUGUGCCCUAUCCUGGUGGCGGCAAGAAGUGGGGCGGCAACGGCGUCGGUGACGAUCUCUAUUCGUUUGGCUUUGAUGGCGCUUUUCUAUGGACAGGCGGACGCAAAUCGCUUGUGGUGGACUCGCUGCCCGAAGAGCCAUAUAUAAGAAAAGGCGAUGUAAUUGGCGUGGCCAUCGAUCUUUCCGUGCCCGUUAUUACCUUUACCUUCAAUGGUGCCAGAGUGCGCGGCUGCUUUAGGGACUUCAAUCUGGACGGCAUGUUCUUCCCAGUGAUGAGCUGCUCCUCAAAGCUAAGUUGUCGCUUCUUAUUUGGCGGCGAUCAUGGUCGCCUGAAGUACGCGCCACCCAUGGGCUUUUCAGCGCUGGUGCAGUGCCUCAUGCCACAUCAAAUUCUAAGCUUGGAUCCGUGCUUUUACUUUGGCAAUCUGAGCAAGAACGUGCUCGCAGGUCCUUGGCUAAUAGAGGAUGAUACUGCCUUUGUACCCAAACCAGUGGACACCUCAGGCGUUUCGCUGCCCAGCUCUGUGGAUCAGAUUAAGGAGAAACUGGCCGAGAAUAUACACGAAAUGUGGGCUUUGAAUAAAAUCGAAGCCGGCUGGUCAUGGGGCGAGCAUAGAGAAGACUAUCAUCGCAUACAUCCUUGCCUGACGCAGUUCGAGAAGCUGCCGGCGGCAGAGAAGCGCUACGACAAUCAACUAGCAGUUCAGACACUCAAGACAAUCAUUGCUUUGGGCUAUUAUAUUACGAUGGACAAGCCGCCAGCACGCAUACGCCCCGUGCGCUUGCCGAAUGAAAUCUUUAUGCAGGGCAAUGGCUACAAGCCAGCACCGCUGGAUCUUAGCGCUGUCACACUUACACCCAAGCUGGAGGAGCUGGUGGAUCAGCUGGCAGAGAACACGCACAAUCUGUGGGCACGCGAGCGCAUACAACAAGGCUGGACUUAUGGUCUGAAUGAGGACUCGGAGAAUCAUCGCAGUCCGCAUCUGGUGCCCUACGGCAAGGUAGAUGAAGCUAUCAAGAAGGCCAAUCGAGACACUGCCUCGGAGACAGUGCGCACGCUCCUGGUCUACGGCUACGUGCUGGAUCCACCUACGGGAGAGGGCACUGAGGCGUUGCUGGCUGAGGCGCAGCGCUUGAAGUUCGCUGCUUUCCGCACUUAUCGCGUGGAGCGCAACUAUGCAGUUACCUCGGGCAAAUGGUACUUUGAGUUUGAGGUGCUGACCGCGGGACCUAUGCGCGUGGGUUGGGCGCGUGCUGAUUGCUAUCCGGGCGCUAUGUUGGGCAGCGAGGAUACCAGCUGGGCAUUUGAUGGACAUAAUGAAGAGAAAGUCUAUGGUGGCAACAGUGAAUCCUUUGGUAAACAGUGUGGACCAGGGGAUAUAGUUGGCGUCUUUUUAGAUCUAGCCGAUCAUACAAUUAGUUUCUCACUGAAUGGUGAGCUUUUAAUGGACGCUCUGGGCGGUGAGACAACCUUUGCUGAUGUGACAGCCGAAGGCGUGGGCUUUGUGCCCGCCUGCACUUUGGGCGUGGGACAAAAGGCGCGUUUGAUUUAUGGCCAGGAUGUGGACUCGCUCAAGUUCUUUACCACCUGUGGUCUACAAGAAGGCUACGAGCCGUUCUGUGUCAACAUGCGUCGUCCCGUUACGCAUUGGUAUACCAAGGAUCAGCCUAUAUUUGAGAACACCGAGGAGAUGCCAGACUGUCGCAUUGAUGUAACUCGCAUACCUGGUGGCGCGGAUUCGCCACCGCAUUUGAAAAUUGCGCACAAUACGUUCGAGACUAUGGAGAAGGCGAAUUGGGAAUUCUUGCGUCUUUCCCUGCCUGUCACCUGCAUGGGUGAGUUCAUCAGUGAACAGGAAAAGGCGAGACGCUGGGAAGAGAUCAAAAUUCGUCAAUAUCGUCUAAUGCGUGAGGCACAGGAAGCAGCUGCCCAGCUGCAGUCUCAAGCGCAAGCAGCGCAAAUGGAUCACAUGCUCAAGGGUGGCUUCAAUAUGAAUGACAUCAAGGGUCUAACACGCAAUUUCGAUGAUCAUGCCGAUGCGGAAGCAGAUCAUAUGAUGCGUGGACCUUCGCGUCCACCACGCAAAGGUUCACUUACACGCAAUAUUACCUUUGAAUCGGAUAUGACAGCUGCGCUCGAUGAAAUGCAACGCUCAUCUUCAGUGCUGGACAUGAAUGGCAUGGGCGAUGACUUGGAUGACAAGAAGAAACGCGGACGCAGUCCAUUCAAGUUCUUCUCCAAGAAGUCGCGCGAUCAGAGUCGCGAAAAAUCAGCAGCCAGAACUGCGGACAACUCGCUGGAACGCAGAAAUACAGUGGCGCAUGGCAGGAAUGUGGUUAAUCAGCAGAUGACCACCAGAACGCCAACAUUGCGCUUGAAUAAUGUGGAAAUGCCGCCCAGUCCAGUGCCAUCGGGACCAAAGCAGCUGAGCUCUUCUAAUUUGGGACAGCCAAACGUUGAAUCAUCGGGCAAUGAAAUGUUCGAUGCCGAGUGCCUUAAGCUCAUCAACGAAUACUUUUAUGGUGUGCGCAUAUUCCCUGGCCAGGAUCCCACGCAUGUUUAUGUGGGCUGGGUCACCACACAAUAUCAUCUGCACAGUCGCGAGUUCAACAAGAGCAAAGUGCGUCGCGGCUCCGUUUACAUAGAAGAUUACUAUGAGGUGCCCAUAGAGCGCAUCGAUCGCCAGAGUUGUUAUGUAGUGCGCGCCGAUGAGCUGUUCAAUGAGGUGACGCAGGAUGCCUCCGGCAAGGGCGCCUCACAGGGCAUGUUUGUGGGCUGCUUUGUGGACACAGCCACUGGCAUAAUACGCUUCACUUGCGAGGGCAAGGACACAUCGCAUCGUUGGAUGAUGGAGCCAGACACCAAGCUGUUCCCAGCUAUUUUUGUGGAAGCUACCAGCAAGGAGAUACUACAAAUCGAAUUGGGACGCACGCCCACUACAUUGCCGCUGUCUGCUGCCGUGCUGCCCACCAGCGACAAGCAUAUCAAUCCACAGUCACCGCCACGCUUGAAGGUGCAGUGUCUGCGUCCGCAUCAGUGGGCACGUGUGCCCAACACAUCGCUGCAGGUGCAUGCGCUUAAGCUGUCCGACAUACGCGGCUGGUCCAUGCUCUGCGAAGAUCCCGUCUCCAUGCUAGCGCUACACAUACCCGAGGAGGAUCGCUGCAUUGAUAUAUUGGAGUUAAUCGAAAUGGACAAACUGCUGUCCUUCCAUGCACACACACUCACGCUCUAUGCCGCGCUGUGCUAUCAAUCCAACUAUCGUGCUGCUCAUGCGCUUUGCCAGCAUGUAGACCAGAAGCAGCUGCUCUAUGCCAUACGCUCGGAGUAUAUGAGUGGUCCACUGCGUCAGGGCUUCUAUGAUCUGCUCAUAGCUUUACAUUUGGAGUCACAUGCCACCACCAUGGAGGUGUGCAAGAACGAAUAUAUUACGCCCCUGGGCGCUGAGCUAAAGGAGCUCUAUGCCGAGGAUGAGAUGCGUCACUCGCUGCGAUCUCUGGUUACAGAAUCGGUUCGUCCCCAGCUGCGCAUGACCGAAAUCACACCCCCUGUGAUUGCAACAUCUAGUAUGCCAAGUGUUUCCAGCGAACCGAUACCCAACAUCGAUCAGUUGUACUCCCCGAAGUUCCCAUUAGAAGUAGUCAGAGAAUUCGUUAUGGAGGCAGUUAAGGAUGCUGUGGAAAUCAAUCAAGUGCACAACCGUGAUCCCAUCGGUUGGACCAAUGAGAAUUUGUUUUUACCUUUAAUAAAGCUUACGGACCGCCUUUUGUUGGUGGGCGUGCUCACCGACGAAGAUGUGCAGAAACUAUUGGUAAUGGUGGAUCCAGAAACGUGGGAUCCCACAUUCGAUAGAGAGAGCAAGGACGAACAUCGCAAGGGUUUGCUUACUAUGAAAAUGGCCGAGGGCGCCAAGCUACAAAUGUGUUAUCUAUUGCAUCAUCUUUACGACACUCAACUGCGUCAUAGAGUGGAGAGCAUUAUUGCCUUUUCGCAUGACUUUGUGGGCGACUUGCAAACCGAUCAGUUGCGACGUUAUAUUGAGAUUAAACAAUCUGAUUUACCAAGUGCUGUGGCGGCCAAAAAGACCAAGGAGUUCCGCUGUCCACCCAGGGAACAAAUGAAUCAAAUUUUAUGCUUUAAGAAUCUUGAGCCUGACGAUCAGGACAAUUGCACAUGCGGCCUUGAUUUACGUAGUCGCUUGAGCGAGUUCCAUGAUUUAUUAAUGCAAAAGGUCUCGUUGAAUGCACUACAAGAGCCAGAUGGUACUGAGAGCAAUACGAUUGAAGAGAUUAAAACGGGUCCCAUAACCAAGAUAUAUAACUUUAUAAACACCGUUAAAGAGCUUGAGGAGGGACCCAAAGAAGUGGAGGAGCCUGAGAAGAAAACACCUGAGGAAAUCUUCCGUAAAGUCUUAAUCAAAACCAUAGUUAGCUGGGCUGAGGAAUCACAAAUUGAGAAUCCGAAAUUAGUGCGAGAAAUGUUCAGCUUACUGGUGCGACAAUACGAUACAGUGGGCGAGCUGGUACGUGCGCUGGAGAAGACCUAUGUGAUCAACAGUAGAGCACGCGAUGAUGUGGCCGAAAUGUGGGUGGGCUUAAGUCAAAUACGCGCCCUGCUUCCGGUGCAAAUGAGCCAGGAAGAGGAGGAGCUAAUGCGUAAGCGUUUGUGGAAAUUGGUGAACAAUGCCACCUUCUUCCAACAUCCCGACUUGAUACGCAUACUGCGUGUGCACGAGAACGUUAUGGCCGUGAUGAUGAACACCUUGGGCCGUCGUGCGCAGGCGCAGAGCGAUGCACCCACCCAGACGGAGGGCGCUGAGGGAGUGCCCUCCAAGGAGAAGGACACGUCACAUGAAAUGGUCGUUGCCUGCUGUCGAUUCCUGUGUUACUUCUGUCGUACCGGACGCCAAAAUCAGAAAGCCAUGUUCGAUCAUUUCGACUUUUUGCUAGAUAAUGCAAACAUAUUGCUGGCCCGACCCAGUCUGCGUGGUUCGACGCCUUUGGACGUGGCAUAUUCGAGUUUAAUGGAGAACACAGAACUAGCUCUGGCACUUAGGGAACAUUAUUUGGAGAAGAUUGCCGUUUAUCUGUCCAGAUGUGGUCUGCAAAGCAAUUCCGAGUUGGUGGAGAAAGGUUAUCCCGACUUGGGCUGGGAUCCAGUGGAGGGUGAACGUUAUUUGGACUUUUUGCGCUAUUGCGUAUGGGUCAACGGUGAAAGUGUUGAGGAGAAUGCAAACCUUGUCAUUCGUCUGCUUAUCCGUCGUCCAGAAUGCUUGGGUCCGGCUCUAAGAGGCGAAGGAGAAGGUCUCUUCCGUGCCAUUUGCGAAGCGAAUCGCAUGUCUGAGCGCAUAUCGGAUCGCUGCAAAAUGCAAGACGAGGCCGAAGGCACCAUAGCCGGACUGAACUUCACCCAUCCGCUGCCCGAGGGCGAAGAGGAUGAGGACUACAUUGACACUGGUGCUGCCAUACUCAAUUUCUAUUGCACGCUUGUAGACCUGCUGGGUAGAUGUGCUCCGGAUGUAUCUGUCAUAGAACAAGGCAAGAACGAAUCACUGAGAGCUAGAGCUAUUUUGAGAUCUCUUGUGCCACUGGAAGAUCUGCAGGGUGUGCUCAGCCUGAAAUUCACACUCACCCAAACAGCGCCCGGCGAGGAGAAACCAAAAUCGGAUAUGCCGUCUGGCCUCUUACCCAACAACAAGCAGAGCAUUGUGCUCUUCCUGGAGCGCGUCUACGGCAUUGAAGUGCAAGAUCUCUUCUAUCGUCUGCUAGAAGAUGCCUUCCUGCCAGAUCUGCGCACUGCCACCAUAUUGGAUAAGAGCGAUGGCUCCGAAAGCGACAUGGCCCUGGCCAUGAAUCGCUACAUAGGCAAUUCCAUUCUGCCGCUGCUUAUCAAGCACUCAAAGUUCUACAACGAAGCCGAGAACUAUGCCAGCCUCUUGGAUGCGACGCUGCACACGGUCUAUAGACUAUCCAAGAACCGUAUGCUAACCAAGGGGCAGCGCGAGGCCGUAUCCGAUUUCCUCGUGGCGCUCACAUCCCAAAUGCAACCUGCCAUGUUGCUCAAGCUGCUGCGCAAGUUGACUGUGGAUGUAUCCAAGUUAUCCGAGUACACAACAGUUGCACUCAGGCUGCUCACUUUGCACUUUGAUCGCUGUGCCAAGUACUACGGCUCGACUCAAGGCCAAGGCUCGUAUGGAGCUUCGUCAGAUGAGGAGAAACGCUUGACUAUGCUGCUCUUCUCCAACAUUUUUGACUCGCUUAGCAACAUGGACUAUGACCCGGAACUGUUCGGUAAAGCAUUGCCCUGUCUGAUUGCCAUUGGCUGUGCGCUGCCGCCAGAUUACAGUCUGUCCAAGAAUACAGACGAGGACUACUAUGGCCGGCAAAUGGGCGCACCAGAUCAGCCACAAUAUGUGCCCAAUCCCAUUGACACCAACAGCGUGCACUUGGAUAACGAUUUGAAUUCGUUGGUGCAAAAGUUCAGCGAACACUACCACGAUGCAUGGGCCAGUCGUCGCUUGGAAGGUGGCUGGACCUAUGGCGACAUACGCUCCGACAACGAUCGCAAGCAUCCGCGUCUAAAGCCCUACAACAUGCUCACCGAAUACGAACGUGAGCGUUACCGCGAUCCAGUGCGUGAGUGCCUCAAAGGUCUCUUGGCCAUUGGCUGGACUGUGGAGCACUCUGAAAUGGAUUUGCCACUCAAUCAUCGUGGCUCAACGCGACGUCAAUCCAAGCCAACAAUUCAUGAAUUUCAGAACGAGGGCAGUCCUUUCAACUACAAUCCACAUCCUGUGGAUAUGAGCAACUUGACGCUGAGCAGAGAAAUGCAAAAUAUGGCCGAGCGCUUGGCUGAGAAUUCGCAUGAUAUUUGGGCCAAGAAGAAGAACGAAGAGCUCAAUGGCUGUGGCGGUGUUAUACAUCCGCAAUUGGUGCCCUAUGAUUUGCUAACGGAUAAGGAGAAGAAGAAGGACCGCGAGCGCUCGCAGGAGUUCCUCAAGUAUAUGCAGUAUCAGGGUUAUAAAUUGCACAAGCCCUCCAAGGGUGGUGCUGUUGAGGAAGGCGGUGCUGCACAGGCUGCUGUUGAGCUGCGCUUCUCCUACUCGCUGCUGGAGAAGCUUAUACAGUAUCUGGAUAGAGCUACUAUCAACAUGAAGCUGCUUAAGCCAUCGACUACAUUCAGUCGUCGCACAUCGUUUAAAACCGCAUCGCGCGAUAUCAAAUUCUUUUCCAAAGUGGUGCUGCCGCUUAUGGAGAAAUAUUUCUCUACACAUCGCAAUUAUUUUAUAGCCAUUGCCACGGCUACGAACAACAUUGGCGCAGCUUCGCUGAAGGAGAAGGAAAUGGUUGCGUCGAUAUUCUGUAAGCUGGCUGCUCUGCUGCGUAAUCGUCUGAGCGCCUUUGGUCCCGAUGUGCGCAUUACAGUGCGCUGCCUGCAGGUGCUGGUCAAGGGCAUCGAUGCCAAGACCUUGACCAAAAACUGUCCCGAGUUCAUACGCACGUCCAUGCUGACGUUCUUCAAUCAGACUUCGGAUGACUUGGGCAACACCAUACUUAAUCUACAGGAUGGCAAGUACAGUCAUCUGCGUGGCACGCAUCUUAAGACAUCCACAUCGCUGGGCUAUGUCAAUCAGGUGGUGCUGCCAGUGCUCACAGCUAUGUUUGAUCAUUUGGCUGCCUGCGAUUAUGGCAGCGAUUUGCUGCUGGACGAAAUUCAAGUGGCUUCCUAUAAAAUUUUAGCUGCACUUUAUCAUCUUGGCACAGAUGCCACCCUAACGCAUGAGCGCAAAUAUCUCAAGACCGAAAUCGAGCGCCAUCGUCCUGCCUUGGGCUCCUGCCUGGGCGCUUAUAGCAGCUGCUUCCCUGUGGCUUAUCUGGAGCCACAUCUCAACAAGCACAAUCAGUUCUCUUUGCUGAAUCGCAUAGCAGAUCAUUCGCUGGAGGCGCAGGAUAUUAUGGUUAAAAUGGAAAGCUGCAUGCCCAAUCUGGAGACAAUACUCAGCGAAGUGGAUCAGUUUGUAGAGUCGGAUAAAACCUACAAUGAUGCACCACAUAUUAUUGAUGUCAUAUUGCCGCUGCUCUGCGCUUAUUUGCCUUUCUGGUGGUCGCAGGGCCCGGACAAUGUAAGUCCCACCAGUGGCAAUCAUGUGACUAUGGUAACAGCGGAUCAUAUGAACUCGCUGCUGCGCAAUGUGCUCAAGAUGAUCAAGAAGAAUAUAGGCAACGAUAAUGCGCCGUGGAUGACACGCAUUGCCGCCUAUACGCAGCAGAUUAUUAUCAACACCUCGGAGGAGCUGCUGAAGGAUCCGUUCUUGCCGCUGGCGGAACGUGUUAAGAAGCGCACUGAGAACAUGCUGCACAAGGAGGAGAGCAUGCGCGGCUUCAUUAAAUCAGCCACCGAUGAUACUUCGCAGGUGGAGACGCAACUGCAGGAGGAUUGGAAUCUCUUGGUGCGCGACAUUUACUCGUUCUAUCCGCUGCUCAUCAAGUACGUGGACCUGCAGCGCAAUCAUUGGCUAAAGGACAACAUACCAGAGGCCGAGGAGCUGUAUAAUCAUGUAGCUGAAAUCUUCAACAUCUGGUCCAAGAGUCAGUACUUCCUUAAGGAGGAGCAGAACUUUAUCUCAGCCAAUGAAAUUGAUAACAUGGCCUUGAUUAUGCCCACGGCAACACGACGCUCGGCCAUAUCGGAGGGCGUGCCAGCAGUGGGCGGCAAGGUUAAAAAGAAGAAGAAGAAUAGGGACAAGAAGCGCGACAAGGACAAGGAAGUGCAGGCAAGCUUAAUGGUCGCCUGUCUGAAGCGCUUGCUGCCAGUUGGUCUUAAUCUGUUUGCGGGUCGCGAGCAGGAGCUGGUGCAGCACUGCAAGGAUAGAUAUUUGAAGAAGAUGAAUGAAUACGAUGUCAUUGAGUUUGCACGCAAUCAGCUUACGCUGCCCGAUAAGCUAGAUCCUUCGGAUGAAAUGUCCUGGCAGCAUUAUUUAUACUCCAAGCUGGGCAAAACCGACGAGCCCGUGGAUGAGACAGCUCUGGAGAAGGCCAAUGUCAAUGCGAAUGAGAAGGGUAAAGACAAGACACAGGAAACUGUCGAUCGAAUUGUGGCCAUGGCCAAAGUGCUCUUUGGCUUGCAUAUGAUCGAUCAUCCACAACAACAGAGCAAGAAUGUCUACAGGAGCGUUGUAUCGAUACAGAGGAAGCGUGCAGUUAUCGCAUGCUUCCGCCAAACAUCCUUGCACUCUCUACCAAGACAUCGCGCUUGCAAUAUCUUUGCGCGCACCUACUAUGAGCAAUGGCUGCAGGAGGAGAACGUGGGUCAGGAGAUAAUGAUUGAGGAUCUGACACAGUCGUUUGAGGAGUCUGAGAAGUCAAAGAAGGAUGAGGAGGAAACCGAUGGUAAGCCGGAUCCAUUGACGCAAUUAGUUACAACGUUCUGUCGCGGCGCCAUGACGGAGCGCAGUGGAGCACUGCAGGAGGAUUUGCUGUACAUGUCGUAUGCGCAAAUUGCUGCCAAGUCGUGUGGUGAGGAAGAAGAGGAGGGCGGUGGCGAUGAAGGUGAAGGCGGCGAGGGUGGUGAAGAGGGCGAAGGCACCAGCAUUCAUGAACAAGAAAUGGAGAAACAGAAGCUGCUGUUCCAUCAGGCGCGCCUCUCGAAUCGUGGCGUUGCCGAAAUGGUGCUGUUGCACAUUUCCGCUUCCAAAGGUAUACCUUCGGAAAUGGUCAUGACGACACUCAAUUUGGGCAUCGCCAUAUUGCGCGGCGGCAACAUUGACAUACAAAUGGGCAUGUUGAAUCAUCUGAAGGAGAAGAAGGAUGUUGGUUUCUUUACCUCCAUUGCGGGUCUGAUGAACUCGUGCAGUGUGCUCGAUCUGGACGCCUUUGAGCGCAACACAAAGGCUGAGGAGUAUAUUCCAAGUGCGGGUGCAGGUCUAGGUGUCGGCUCCGAGGGUGCAGCGGGUGAGAAGAACAUGCACGAUGCCGAAUUCACUUGUGCACUCUUCCGUUUUAUUCAACUAACCUGCGAGGGUCACAACUUGGAAUGGCAAAACUAUUUGCGCACACAGGCGGGCAACACCACCACCGUCAAUGUGGUUAUUUGCACUGUGGAUUACUUGCUGCGUCUGCAGGAAUCAAUUAUGGACUUUUACUGGCAUUAUUCGAGCAAGGAGAUCAUCGAUCCCGCGGGCAAAGCCAAUUUCUUCAAGGCUAUUGGUGUGGCCAGUCAAGUGUUCAACACACUCACUGAGGUCAUCCAGGGUCCGUGUACGCUCAAUCAACAGGCAUUGGCGCAUUCCAGAUUGUGGGAUGCCGUUGGCGGUUUUCUAUUCUUGUUCUCACAUAUGCAGGACAAGCUGUCCAAGCAUUCGAGUCAAGUGGAUUUGCUAAAGGAGCUUUUGAACUUGCAAAAGGAUAUGAUUACCAUGAUGUUGUCCAUGCUGGAAGGCAAUGUGGUUAAUGGCACCAUUGGCAAGCAGAUGGUGGAUACACUUGUGGAGUCGGUUAGCAAUGUGGAGCUGAUUCUUAAGUACUUCGACAUGUUCCUCAAAUUGGCAGACUUGAUCGAGUCACCCAGCUUCCAUGAGAUUGACAUGAAGAACGAAGGCUGGGUCCUACCCAAGGACUUUAGAGACAAAAUGGAGCAGUCUAAAAAUUACACACCGGAAGAAAUGGAUUUCCUUUUGGCUUGUUGCGAGCGCAAUCACGAGGGCAAAAUCGAUUACAGAGCAUUCGUGGAGCGCUUCCAUGAGCCAUCAAAGGAGAUUGGUUUCAACCUGGCUGUGUUAUUGACCAACCUGAGCGAACAUAUGCCCAACGAGCCCAGACUGGCGCGUUUCCUGGAAACCGCUGGCUCUGUGCUGAACUACUUUGAGCCCUUCCUGGGCCGCAUUGAAAUCUUGGGCAGCUCCAAGCGCAUUGAGCGUGUCUACUUCGAAAUCAAGGACUCCAACAUUGAGCAAUGGGAGAAGCCGCAAAUUCGUGAAUCCAAACGCGCCUUCUUCUACUCCAUUGUCACUGAGGGUGGCGACAAGGAGAAACUGGAAGCCUUUGUCAACUUCUGCGAGGAUGCCAUCUUUGAAAUGACGCAUGCCUCUGGGCUAAUGGCCACCGACGAUGGUGGCGGCAAUGUCAAGCGCGACACCGCCUACAGUUCCUAUAUGAGCGAAGAAGAGGAAGAACGCGCUGCGCGUGAUCCCAUCCGACGCACCAUAACCGCCGUCAAGGAAGGCCUCAAGUUUGGCGUGCACAUGCUCAGUCCAUCGAAUAUCAAGCAUCAAAUUGGCGUCAUGCAGACCAAGUCGAUACCCGAGCUAAUUGUGGGCUUCUUUAAGAUAAUAUUCUAUAUGUUCUACUACACCGGCUACGCUCACUACUGUGUGGUGCGCUAUAUCUUUGGCAUACUAUUGAAUCUGAUGCGUGGUCCAGCGCCAGAGCAGGAGGAGGAGCCGGUUAUGGAGGAGGAAACGUUUGAACGAGCGCUACCGCCUUUGCCGCUGGAGGAGCCACCGGGCACUGUGCAAGCAUUUGGCUUGGACAUGACCAAAGAGGAGAACGGCAUGUAUAAGGUGGUGGUGCAUGAGUCCCCAGCGACGUCUGCAGAAGAAGGCGGCGAGUCUAGUCCAGAGGAUGCCGCCGCUUUGGCCAGCGGCGAACUUUUGGAAGGCGAAGCACUAAAGGAGCCCAUUUCCAUAGUGGAUCUGCUGGGAGGCGAGGCAGCCAAGAAGCAGGCGCAGGAACGUCAGGAGGCGCAAAAGGCACAGGAGGCAGCAAUGGCUUCCAUUGAAGCGGAGGCCAAGAAGUCAUCGUCGGCACCGCAAGAAACACCCGCUGUGCAUCAAAUCGACUUUUCGCAGUACACACAUCGAGCUGUCAGCUUCCUGGCUCGCAACUUUUACAAUCUCAAGUAUGUGGCGCUGGUGCUGGCUUUCAGCAUCAACUUUAUGCUGCUCUUCUACAAGGUUACAUCCUUUGCCGAAGAAUCGGACGGCUCUGGCGAGGAGGAGCUUAUACUGGGCUCCGGCUCAGGUGCGGGCGCAGAUAUGGGCGGCUCUGGCUUUGGCGGCUCUGGCGAUGGAGGCUCGGGUGAUGGCGAAAUGGAUGACGAUAUACCGGAACUUGUGCAUGUGGAUGAGGACUUCUUCUAUAUGGAGCAUGUGUUGCGCAUCGCUGCACUAACGCACUCGCUUGUGUCGCUGGCCAUGUUAAUUGCCUACUAUCAUCUGAAGGUGCCGCUGGCCAUAUUCAAGCGCGAGAAGGAAAUUGCACGACGUUUGGAGUUUGAUGGUCUUUUCAUAGCUGAGCAACCCGAGGACGAUGACUUCAAGUCGCACUGGGAUAAGCUGGUUAUCUCAGCGAAAAGCUUUCCGGUUAACUAUUGGGACAAGUUCAUCAAGAAGAAGGUGCGCCAAAAGUACAGCGAAACGUAUGACUUUGAUUCCAUCUCGAAUCUAUUGGGCAUGGAGAAGAGCGCGUUUACUGCUCAGGAGAGCGAGGAGACGGGCAUCUUUAAGUACAUUAUGAACAUUGAUUGGCGCUAUCAGGUGUGGAAGGCGGGUGUUACCUUUACGGACAAUGCCUUCCUCUACUCGCUCUGGUACUUUAGCUUCUCGGUCAUGGGCAACUUUAACAACUUCUUCUUUGCCGCCCAUUUGCUCGAUGUGGCCGUCGGCUUCAAGACGCUGCGCACCAUUCUGCAGUCUGUCACGCACAACGGCAAGCAACUGGUGCUGACUGUGAUGCUGCUCACCAUUAUUGUCUAUAUCUACACGGUUAUUGCGUUCAACUUCUUCCGCAAGUUCUACAUACAAGAGGAGGACGAGGAGGUGGACAAGAAGUGUCAUGACAUGUUAACUUGCUUUGUAUUCCAUCUGUACAAGGGCGUGCGAGCGGGCGGCGGCAUAGGUGAUGAAAUUGGUGAUCCGGAUGGCGACGACUAUGAGGUCUAUCGCAUUAUAUUCGACAUUACGUUCUUCUUCUUCGUCAUUGUCAUCCUGCUGGCCAUCAUUCAGGGUUUGAUUAUUGACGCAUUCGGUGAGCUGCGUGAUCAGCUGGAGUCCGUCAAGGACAACAUGGAGUCGAAUUGCUUUAUAUGCGGCAUGGGUAAAGACUUCUUUGACAUAGUGCCGCAUGGCUUCGAUACGCACGUACAGAAGGAGCAUAAUUUGGCCAAUUACAUGUUCUUCCUCAUGCAUUUGAUCAACAAACCGGACACGGAGUACACGGGCCAGGAGACGUACGUUUGGAACAUGUACCAGCAGCGCAGCUGGGACUUCUUCCCCGUGGGUGACUGCUUCCGCAAGCAGUAUGAGGACGAGCUCUCUGGUGGCGGUGGCGGCGGUUAGACCAAUUUACCAAUUACACAUUUUGUUACAAUUUUUUCUAUGGCUGUUAAUGCCAAACAAAAUACAUGUUUUGAAUUCUUUGCCUAGUCAAU